UCUCAAUUUCCUCUGCGAUAAAAUUUUGGUAUUACCAUAUGUCGGGUAUAAGCUGGUCUAAGUUGACUUUAAAUGAAUUAAAAGACUUGUGUAUGUCUUGCGGCUUAUCUAGUGUAGGGAAUAAAGAGGACUUGAGCAAUAGGCUCCAGGCAUAUUUCGGGAAGAAUAAAGGAAAGGCUACAGACAAGAGUGGAGUAGGGGAUAAAGAAGAUUUGGAUGAUAUUAUUGAAGUACUCAGAUUUGAUGCUGAUGAAAAGGAUUGGAAUGAUAAAAGAGAUGCUGACCUUGAGGUGGAUGACGUGCAUGCAUAUUUGCAAGAAGUAGACAAUAGAAUUAAAGACAAGGAAAUAGAGGAGUGUGAUUUAUUAGAUAAAACGUGGCCUAAGGUUAGUUUGUCGAAGCCACAUGAUCAGCAUGAGUAUGAUUUCUUGGUAAAAAUCGGCAAACGUUUAGACAAAGCAAUAAAGGGUUUGGGUACAGCAUUACAAAUAGUUGGGAGUAAUGACAAAAUGAUGGAAAAAUACAAGGAUCGUAUUCCAUUAUUUAGCCAAUCAGGUGCGGCCUCAUGCUAUUAUAGUCGGAAUAAGUCUGAUAAGUCAUAUAGGCAUAAGAAAAAAAGAUAUUCCUCACCUUCGUCUGAUUCAGAAAGAGAUGAAAGUCAUAAGGGUAAAAGGAGGUAUAAUAAAAGCUUUCAAUCCUUUCGUGACAGAGGAGCCUUCAGGUUCCCAGAAUGUAAAGGAGUUUUUAACUGCUUCAACUGUGGAGGCAUUGGACACAUCACUUCUAGCUCCCUCUCUGCAGGCAGAAAGUCAGGUGUCAGUGGUGGGAAGGAUGCAGUUAGCAGAAGCUUUGAGUUAUUGGCAAGACAAAAUAGGGUCAUCACCG